CUGCAGCGCAUGCGCGCUACCCUCCAGUUUCCUGCUUUUUUUUAAUGAGUACCUGCGUUUGACCCACCUCUGCCAGUGACAGAUCAGGAAUAUCUGCUUUUUUCUUUUGUCCCUCCUCCUUCACCCACUCCCACUCCGUUAUUUCAGGGAUGAUCCUCGGCUUUGCGUCGCUGCUCACCUGAGCUCACUCACCUGUCGGAGAAACCCCCCCUCCCCUCCGCAAAGCAAAGUGGGGGUGAAAAAGAAAAGAAAAAGAAAAAAAGCAGACUUCUCCAAAAGCAAACUUCUCCAGCCUCCUUCCUGCCUCGCGAGUCUCACCUGCGUGGACGCCGCCGCUACUCCCGCGCGCCGGAUUUCCUCCCCGCCGCGGAUCGCUUCACGCAUCCAGAAUGCCGAGGGCCUUUCUGGUGAAGAAGGCGAACGUUUCGCCCGGAAAGCGGAACUGGAGCGAGCUCCCCGACCACGAGCGCGGGGACGUUUACAUCCCAGUUUCCAUCUUCCCCUCCUCGGUCCUGGGACUGGAAGCCGAGGCCAGCCCGGCUGAGACGGCGCCUCUCUGCCUCACCAAACACGCCCCUGUGGACACACGACCAGAGCUGCCGUCCAGUACCAUCCUCGGCCGGCACCAGGGCCUGGCGGACUCCCCGGAGGGGCGUUCCGACAUCAAGAGGAGGUCGCAGGGGGGUUCCACAUACGUUCGUUCCAAAAUCAAGGUGACCACCGGCGAGUUGCCCCCCGAUCCGUCGCCUCUCCCUCUCACCCUGGGAUCGGUUCCCGCUCCAGUGCGAAGAAGUCCACAAGCCACCGUGGUGCCACCUACCUCAAACCCGGCCCCGCCCCCAGCUGAGGUGGUUUCUAUGGUAACCCAGUCCUCAGGUCAAAGUCAAAAUGUGUCGACGCCAGCAUCAGGAGCAUUUGUGUGUCAGGUUUGUCAGAAGACCUUCCAUUACCAGCGCAUGCUCAACAGACACAUCAAGUGCCACAACGAGACCAAGAGGCAUCUGUGCAGCUUCUGCGGGAAAGGCUUCAACGACACCUUCGACCUCAAGCGCCACGUCCGCACACAUACAGGCGUGCGUCCGUACAAGUGCGGCCUCUGCGACAAGGCCUUCACGCAGCGCUGCUCGCUGGAGUCGCACAUGAAGAAGAUCCACGGCGUCACGUUGAAGUACGCGUACAAGGAGCGCCGCAACAAGCUGUACGUCUGCGAGGAGUGCGGCCACACGGCGGGGACUCAGGACGACCUGGCGCUGCACCUCCACACGCUUCACCCCGACAGCCCGCUGCUGAAGGGGAAGGCCGCCCGCAGGCUGGCGGGGGAAGGAGCCCGAGGGGGGUCCGUCGCCGGGUCCACGCCGGGGUCCCCGCGGGAGGGCGACAGCGACGAUACCAGCGGCUCCGCCGGGCAGUAGGGGACUUUAGACGAUAUGGCGUGGCGGCGUCGGCGUCGCAGGAGAAGACCAGGAAAGCUGCUUCAUCAUAUUUACAGUUUAAAGACGGAGACUCGUGAAUGUACCUGUCGGAUUUGGGCUUUUAUGUACAUAACUGUUGCUAACGGAAUCAUUUGUGACCUUUCCUGAUACUCUGUGUGGUAUAGACUCUAUGAGAUCUCUGGAGGAUCCAACCCCAGCCUCCGAUUCGGGAACGUUGUGUUGAUCUGUGCAUUUCUGAGAGGGGCUUUAUUUUCUUUGGGUUUCUUUGUACAGAAGAGAAAUGUUUUUCUAUGAAAAAUACUGUAUACUGUAUGCAUUAAAGGGAGUAAUAUAUUA